AUGGACAAAGACAACCGCGACGACUUUACCUUCGCCAAGCUGAGCGACCUCAAGAUGCCGGUCACCUUCCGAAUAUCGCAACUCGAGGGCGUACGGAAGCCGCAUCCCUUUACGGAGGUCUUGGAGAAACCAGAGCUAAGGUUCCACGGCUUACAACAAGCCCAGGAAUUCUCGGACAUCUACGUGACAUGCCAGCUCAUCGCGGACAACAAGCCACUAACGAUACCGUUUCGGACGGCCUUUAAGGCCUUCAAGAAGGACUAUACAUGGAACGAAUGGAUCACCUUGCCUAUCCGAUAUUGUGACCUGCCCUUAAACUCCCAGAUCACGUUUACGGUGUGGGAUAUCGCUGGACCCAGGUCUGCUGUGCCAGUCGGCGGAACGACGUUCAGGCUGUUUGGGAAGAAAUGGACCCUCCGGCGCGGGAAGCAUCGCAUGAUACUUUGGCCAGACAGGGAGGCUGACGGCGCAAACGAGACUACGACGCCAAGUAAGAUGGGAACCCGAGAUGAGAAGGGCAGACUAGAGAAGUUAGUCAAAAAGUACGAGCGAGGAGACCUGCCCAAGUCGGACUGGCUGGAUACCAUGGCAUUCCGCAAGAUGGAAGAGAUUCAUGCGGCGGAGUCGCAGAAGUCCGAGAACUUGUUCCUCUAUAUCGACCUUCCCCGGUUCGAUUUUCCAGUCAUCUUCAGCGAACCUGAUGCAUCAAAUGUUCCAUCUACAUCCUCCCUAACACCUAUGACCAUCACUCCUGCGCCUUCCGUCUCAGGAUUCGCAGCGGACGGGCCUCUGUGGUCCGUGGUGGAUCCGGACAUAUCGCGAGAAAACCCUGUGGAGGAUAAGCAUCGCCGCCUUGUGCGCAGUCACAGAAGUAGCCCAUACGACCGAGAACUGAAACCCAACGCGAAGAUCCGCGACGAGCUUGCGGUGAUCCUCAAUUAUCCUCCCACCCAGCCGCUCACUUCGGAAGAGAAGGAUCUCAUCUGGAAGUUCCGGUUCUAUCUCACAAGAGACAAACGGGGUCUCACCAAGUUCCUGAAGUCGGUCACUUGGCGAGACACGUCCGAGGUCAAGCAGGCUGUGGAAGAGCUGCUUCCCCAGUGGACGGAGAUCGACAUAGACGACGCCCUGGAAUUGCUGGGUCCAAGCACCGUCGACUCUCGCGUCCGAGCGUAUGCCGUCAAGCAACUCAGCAGAGCGGACGACGAGGAGCUACUGCUGUACCUGUUGCAGCUCGUACAAGCAUUGAAGUUCGAGAGCAUGACGAGCGACCAGCGGUCUUCGCGGUCAAUCACGAGUGCUCUUUCGUACGACGACAGUGGGCUGGCAGAUUUUCUCAUCGGUCGCGCCGUACGAAAUCCCGUACUGGGGAACCGCUUUUACUGGUAUCUGAUAGUAGAAGUUGCCAUGGAAGACAAGGUCAUGGCGAAGAUGUACGGCCGGGUGAUAUUCAAGUUCAUGAAGAUUCUGGAGGACAAAGGCGACGAGCGGCGGGACCUCAUGCGUCGACAAGGCGAACUGAUAGAGACAUUAUCGAAGCGAGCCAAAGAUCUCCGUACCUCAAAAGACCCGCGUCCAAAGAAGAUAGAGAAACUCCGAGCUUUCCUCGCGGACUCCAAGAACAACCUCGCUUCGAUGCCGCCUCUCCCUUUACCUUUGAACGCACGCAUACAGGUUACGGGCAUCAUCGCGGAGAAGUCGAGCGUCUUCAAAUCGAAUAUGCUACCCAUGUUGCUAUACUGGCAGUGUGUGGACGGUGAAUACUCAGUCAUCUUCAAGGACGGCGACGACAUGCGGCAGGAUCAGUUGGUCAUCCAACUUUUUACACUCAUGGAUCGACUAUUGCGCAAAGAGAACCUAGACCUCAAGCUCAGCCCAUACGACGUCCUUGCGACGGGUCCUAGCCAGGGCAUGGCCCAGUUCAUCCCGAGCAAGACUAUCGCCGCCAUCGUUGCUGAUAACGGGACAUUGUUGAACUAUCUGCGCGCACACUAUCCAGAUGACGGGAGCGUGGGGACGUUCAUGGUAGAGCCCAGUGUCAUUGACACAUUCGUGAAGAGCUGUGCCGGCUACUGUGUCAUGACCUAUCUCCUUGGUGUUGGUGACCGUCACUUAGACAACUUGCUUCUCGCCCCGGACGGUCAUUUUUUCCAUGUCGACUUUGGGUACAUUCUGGGCCGUGACCCCAAACCCCUCGCACCCCCCGUCAAGAUAUGCAAGGAGAUGGUCGACGCCAUGGGUGGAGUCCAGUCGCCCCACUACCAACGCUUCAAAUCGUUCUGCUUCACGGCGUUCAACAUCCUCCGCAAGAACGCAAACCUCAUCCUCAACCUGGUGACACUCAUGGUCGACGCGAACAUCCCGCACAUCAAGCAACGCGACGUGCACGAGCAGCUGCUCGGCAAGUUCUGCCUCGAGAUGACCGAGGAGCAGGCCAUCGAGCACUUCGAGCGCCUCUUGAACGACAUCUCGCCGUUCUCAGGCCUGAUGGACAAGAUGCACGACUGGGCGCAGUACUGGAGGAGUUAG